AUGGCUGCCUUGAGGUCCUUCAAGAGAAUCCCUGGUCCUCUUCAUCAGCUGCUGCUGCUGCUUCUGUUGCUUCUUCCGUGGGAUCUGGUUGUUACAGGACAGAACAUAGAGAUAACCCAACUUCCGGAAAUCGUAUUGGUGAAAGCUGGAGAGGACCUGACUCUAAGGUGUACAUUCACUGGAGGAUUUUUACCUGGAGGCGUGCGGUGGUACAAAGGGCUGGACAGAAACAAGACCCCCAUUUACAGCGAUAAACAAGGAUCUUCCAACAGGGGGGUCAGGGUCAUCCCAGGAUCCAACACGGACUUCAGCAUCAACAUCCGAAACAUCCGUCCUGAAGAUGCCGGGACCUACUAUUGUGUGAAGUUCAGGGCAGGGAACCCAGAGAGAGAGCUGGCUUCGGGGAAAGGCACUCUGGUCUCCGUGAUUGCCAAGCCAUCCCAGCCCUUGAUUCGUGGCCCCACAAGAAGAAUCACGGUGGGGUCUCUGGCCUCCUUCGACUGCUCCUCAAAUGGAUUCUCCCCCCGAGAGAUCACAGUCAGCUGGUUGAAGGAUGGGAAAGAGAAACAGGUUGACCAGAUCAGCAACCUGGACUCUGAUGGAACAGAGAGCAUGUCAUACAAAGUGGAGAGCAGGUUGAUAAUCCCGCUGGAGCAAGGAGACGUGAAAUCUCAGCUGACCUGCCAGAUCCAACACAGAUCGUUGGACAGUCCUCUCCAGCAGACCUUCGCACUUCGUGAUGUCAUAAGCGUUCCUCCCAAGGUGCAUCUUGAGAUCAACCCACCUCCUCCCAUCCAGCUGAACUCCUCGGUGACAGUCACUUGCAACGCAGAAAGCUUUUACCCAGAUGGUGCAACAAUGGAGUUGUUUCCCAAGGAUGCCCCAAGCAGAAAAGGAACGGUUGCACCGAGUAUCUUGAAUCCCGAUGGGACCUUUUCCCUCAAAAGCAACCUAGAGAUGAUGGCCACCGAAGACAGGGAGUUCUCCAUGUUCCUUUGUCAGGUCCAGCAUGAUUCCCAGCCUCUGGUCAACAAAACCACCACGCUCUUCAUUACACAGGAACUUGAAGGAAACCCACCAUCACCAUUGCAACUAUCCCCCUAUGUUCUGUACAUUGCAUUUUUCCUGGGCAAAGUGGCUGCUGUACUUCUCAUCUCUUCCUUUUUCCUAAUAAAGAAGAUCAGAUGCAGCUGUCAGAACUGAAGAAGCUUCUUGGAUGAGAAGUGAAACUUCUCCAAGGAAAAACUAAAUCCAGUCGCCUUUUUCAAAAAGCUCCUUUGGGACAACCAUGUCCUGGAUGGCUGAGAAACUCCAUAGACAUUGGAUGCAACCAUGAAAAAAUAUCAUUCCGGAAAA